AUGGGCCUGUUAGAUAAACUGUCGGGAUGGCUGGGGCUGAAGAAGAGAGAAGUGAACGUGUUGUGUUUGGGACUGGACAACAGCGGGAAAACUACCAUCAUCAAUCAACUCAAACCCAGUAAUACCCAGACACAAGACAUUGUCCCAACUAUUGGCUUCAACAUAGAAAAAUUCAAGAGUUCAAGUGUGUCCUUCACAGUGUUUGACAUGUCUGGUCAGAGCAGAUAUAGAAACCUAUGGGAACAUUACUACAAAGAGAGUCACGCCAUCAUAUUUGUCAUCGAUAGUGGAGAUAAAUUACGAAUGGUCGUUGCCAAAGAGGAGCUGGAUACUCUUCUCAAUCACCAAGACAUCCGCAGCAGGAGGUUGCCAGUGCUGUUCUUUGCUAAUAAGAGUGACCUGAGAGAAGCCAUGUCUUUAGUCAAAGUCUCUCAGCUGCUCUGUCUGGAAAACAUCAAGGACAAACCCUGGCAUAUAUGUGCCAGUAAUGCUGUAAAAGGAGAGGGUCUACUGGAGGGGGUGGACUGGCUUCAAGAGCAAAUUGCACAAUCAUAUCAAAACAAUGAAGACUUGAUUAAAUAAAAUGGAUGAAAUGCUUUUGAUGAAGGAUCGUGAUGGGAAGAAGAGAGAGGCCUCAGUGACUACAACAUGGCUCCUCCAACUGGGUGUGUCUUUGGUUAUCUGAUGUCACGAUUUAUACGGUGCAAGGGAAUCACUUGUUUCCUCUUUCUAUUUGUUACUCUGUCAUGAUGCCUGCUGUAUGAUACUGUUGUAAAGUGUUGAUGUGAAGUGUUGCUGAACAGCUUGUUGCAGUGUAGAAACUACCCUCCGAGAUUGUUUGUGUGUUAUUCAGUGUUACAGCACGUGGUGUGUAACUGUGCUGUCUGAAUGUGGAAAGAUAUGAUUAAUGUAUUCUGUUGUAACAUUUUUACCCUCUACAUUUCUGAGCUGUACUUAAUGCUUGUUUUUUAUGCCAUUUAAUGUGCUGUGACUGUUUUUCAGACAUAAACUCAGCAAAAAAAGAAAUGUCCUCUCACUGUCAACUGCGUUUAUUUUCAGCAAACUUAACAUGUGUAAAUACAUCAUAUUCAACAACUGAGACAUAAACUGAACAGGUUCCACAGACAUGUGACUAACAGAAAUGGAAUAAUGUGUCCCUGAACAAAGGGGGUCAAAAUCAAAAGUAACAGUCAGUAUCUGGUGUGGCCACCAGCUGCAUUAAGUACUGCAGUGCAUCUCCUCCUCAUGGUCUGCACCAGAUUUGCUAGUUCUUGCUGUGAGAUGUUACCCCACUCUUCCACCAAGGCACCUGCAAGUUCCCGGACAUUUCUGGGGGGAAUGGCAUUAGCCCUCACCCUCCGAUCCAACAGGUCCCAGACACGCUCAAUGGGAUUGAGAUCCGGGCUCUUCGCUGGCCAUGGCAGAACACUGACAUUCCUGUCUUGCAGACAAUCAGCAUUCUCAUGCUGGACGGUCAUGUCAGGAUGGUAGGAUACCACAUGAGGAAGGAUACCACAUGAGGGAGGAGAAUGUCUUCCCUGUAACGCACAGUGUUGAGAUUGCCUGCAAUGACAACAAGCUCAGUCCA